UUAAUUUGGUCUUUUAUAGUAAGUUUGAAACAAUUCAGUGUACUUUUUGUGGGUUUGUCUGUUCUCCCUUGAACAUGCGCCCGUCUAGUUUUCUGUUUAUGUGAGGAAAUUUAGGUUUCAACUUUUCCACAUGGGCAUAAACAUGCGAUUUAACUUCUCAGAGUUGAUCUCAUGCUGAAAUGCGGCUAUGUGCCAUUGCAUUGUGACCCUGUGGUGAACAGACUAUGAACUCUUUGUGCUCAAAUUGUGUCUCUCUCUGCCUCACACACACACACACACACACACACACUGAAGCUGUGUGUCGCUGCUCACUGUGACUCAAUGUAAGCCAGCCAAACAAGCUGACAUGGCGCUUAUGAAUCCCCAAGCCUCAGGGAGAGAAGCUACAGGAGGCUGCCAGUAAAUCUAGAGGCUUGUUAAAAAUAACUUAUUUCUCUGUGAGGGGAAUGGAGCAGCAGCUUCCCAGUGGCAUGGCGCCGUCAGAGGACAGUGUGAGUGCCUGGAGCUGUAAGCAGGUGGCCCAGUGGCUGCAGGAAGAAGGUUUUGGACAGUAUGUGGAAUUACUGUGCACCCAGCACCGUCUGGACGGCCUCAGCCUGCUGGCUCUGACUGAGGACGACCUGCGCGGACCUCCGCUGGGCCUCACUGUGCUCGGAGACAUCAAGAGGCUGACCAUAGCCCUCCGCCGACUCCAGAGACAGAACCAGGGCCAGCUGGACGAGCUGGGUCUCCAGCCUACAGACAGUCUUCCUGCCGCUGGGCACUUGCUGGGCACCGCGGGGGUCAAGUGGAGCCGUGACAGAGCCGAUGGGAGAUAUAACGGAGGUGAGCGCUGCUGUAACGGGACUGAGCUGCGGCUGAGGAGCAGUGAUAGGUCUGGAUAUGGUUUCAGAGCGGGCCUGUGUCACACACACUCCAACGGGAGGUGUAGGCAGCACCUGGCUGGUAGACUGGACCCAGAAGUGUGGAAGACGGUCAUCAGUGCCUUAUAUGUGUUUUUUGUGUUUGGAUUCACAUCUUUUGUAAUGGUCAUCGUGCACGAACGUGUCCCAGACAUGAGGACAUACCCACCACUGCCUGACAUAUUUCUGGACAGUGUUCCCAGAAUCCCUUGGGCUUUUGCAAUGGCUGAAGCCUGUGGGAUCAUCCUUUGUUACAUGUUUCUGUUGAUCCUGCUUCUUCACAAACACAGGUCCAUCCUCUUCAGACGGCUGUGUUCCUUGAUGGGAACUGUAUUUUUGCUUCGUUGUUGCACCAUGUUUGUCACCUCGCUCUCUGUGCCUGGGCAACACCUCAAAUGUGCCAGCAAGACGUAUGGUGAUACCUUGGGAAAGAUACAGAGGGCGCUGGCGAUCUGGAGUGGAUUUGGGAUGACUCUGACAGGUGUCCAAACAUGUGGAGAUUACAUGUUCAGUGGACACACUGUUGUCAUCACAAUGCUCAACUUUUUUGUGACCGAAUACACUCCACGAACCUGGAAUCUGAUUCACACCAUCUCCUGGGUUUUAAACCUCUUUGGUAUUUUCUUCAUCCUGGCGGCUCACGAGCACUACUCCAUCGACGUGUUCAUCGCCUUCUACAUCACCACCCGUCUCUUCCUCUACUAUCACACUUUAGCCAACACCCGUGCCUACCAGCAGAGCCGGAGGGCACGCAUUUGGUUCCCCAUGUUCUCCUUCUUUGAGUGCAAUGUGAACGGACCUGUCCCCAACCAGUAUCACUGGCCCUUCAACAAACCUGCCUUCAUGAAAACUCUGAUUGGAUAGUAGAAACCUCAGCAGAUGCUAAGUGCAUAGACUGUAAUAUUAAAGCCUGAAUAAGAAACUUGA